AUGAUGCCGGUUGCAUUGCUUCUUUGCUACUUCCUGCUGCAGUCCAUGGAGGCCACUUCAUCUGGAACCCAGACAAAGGCCUCGAUGCACCUUCCCUCCCUGGGGUCCCAGCCACCCUCCUCAGACUCCUUGUUCUGCCAGACCAUGCUCCCAAAGUCUCUGCCUGGCUUCAUCCACAUGGCUCCUCUGCUCAGAUUCCUGGUAGGUCUGGCACUGAGGAAUGCCCUUGAGAAGGCUGGCUGCCAGGCUUACACCCGGACUGUGGAACAUCAGCUCUACCGCCUGGGAGGUGUGAAAGCUACACAGCUCCUUAUCCACCAUCUCCAAGGGCUCCAGAAAGGCAGAAGCAUACAAAGUGAAGCAUCAGUGGAUGCCCUGGCCUCUGCUCUGCAGCUGCUGGCCAAGGGGCAGCAAGACCCAGAGAGAGCCCGACGCUCCCUCCACACUGAGAACUGUGAGCAGGAGCAGGAGCAAAGACUGCAUAGUGUGCUCCGCUGGUUGCCAACCAUAAGUACCUACUACAACUUGGGCACAGCUGUGUACUACGCUGCUCAGAACUGCUUGGACAAAGCCAAGACACGAGGCCAAGAUGGAGCCAUAGAUCUGGGUUACGACCUUCUGCUGACCAUGGCAGGGCUAUCAGGGGGGUCUAUAGGACUGUUGAUCAGCUCUGCACUUAAGCCUGCAGUGAAGGCUGGGGUUGAGCAGUUGAUCCAGUAUUACUAUGAGAAAGAAACAAACACCCCACUGCCAGAAAUCAGUGAGGAGUAUUUGGACACUACAGAUGUGAGUGGCCUGGGGGAGACUACAACUAUGGCCUCAGAAGUGUCAGAAUUAUUAAGUUCAACUCUCUACUGGAGGUUGGGCCCACUCAAGCUCCAUUGCUUAGACCCUGAGAUUAGGAGUUUAGGCUAUAGAAAGGUGGUGGUGGACACAGAAGAAAGGAGCCCCGGUGGGGCAAUGGUUACGUGCUGA